AUACCAUGAAUCCUUCUUUCUCCGCCAAUCAGAAGCAAGAAAUAUCUCGAAAGAGAAAUAGUGGUAAAUGAUGUUCACCAUUUGACUGUCCAUAGGCUAAAGCUAUAUAUAUGCAUUAAUAGAUGCUAUCACUAAUACUAAUUAUAGCCAUGGUAUGUGACAAAAUGGCCCAUAAACAUUUGAUUUAUUCUUCUAUAGAGAAUCAUUUACAGGCAAUCAUAUACAAAGAGGCAGAAGAGACCAGUGAAAGUGAUGAUCAAGACCUAAAAAUACGGCGCAAAGUACAGAACCGAGCAGCACAACGAGCUUUUCGAGAACGUAAAGAACGUUAUGUCAAAGAACUCGAAAAAAAAAUCGAAUAUUUAUACCAAGAAAACCAACAUCUUAGAUCCAUCAUAUCUCAUUUGGAAUUAGAAAACAAUACACUCAAAGUGCACACUCCUGUAUCAUUGCCAGUUCUCAAUUCAUUUCCUUCUAUCCCUUUACCGCCAUUGAAAAUUCGACCUGCUCCUGUUCCAGAUAACAAGCUAAAAAAAUCUGCUCAAGAACUCACGCUAAAGAAAAAAAUAUCAGUCAAAAUAAAGUCAUCAGAUCCACCAACCCAACCAGUUCGAACGAGCGCUACACAUUCAUCGCUUACAUUUGCUAUUACUACACCUGCAAUUUUGAGUCGAGUCAAGAGGCAAAAAACAACCAAUUCUCAUAACCAAGAGGAAAUAGAGGACUCUUCUAACAAAGAUGGUAUCGUAGCAUCCUUUCUUAAUCAGUCUUAUUUUGAAGACAAUCAUGACUGGAACAUGGUCUUUCUCAACUGAAUAAACUUUUUUUGUUCCGUUAGUACCCGCACGAAUGAGUAAAACACAACAGCGUCAGGGUUGUGUGACAAUAGUUAGUAUAGUAUCCAAGCUAUGCCAUUGAUUGGCGCAUCUAAUAAAAAGUAUGACAUUUUCCUAAAUGAACGAAUAGAGCCGAUUUUUUUGCUAAUUACGUUGCAUUUGAGCUUGGGAAAAUAAGAAUUAGAUUCAUAAAGCGUGAUACAUGCUCGAUUUUAUUUCUUGGCUUAUUUUUCUUUUAUG